AUGAGUAAGCACUCCUUGGCUCCUGCCGUGCCUCCUGGCAACAGCGUGUUCCAGCAUGGGGAUUGUGCCAAGGAUGGGCAGUGCCAGCUGAACACGCUCUUCACCCUGGCCAAGCAGAGCAGGGCACUGGGCGCUUACAAGCUGGCCCGGCAUGCCUACGACAAGCUGCGGGGCCUGCAGAUCCCUGCCCGGUUCCAGAAGUCCAUUGAGCUUGGCAGCCUGACCAUCCGCUCCAAGCCCUUCCAUGACCGUGAGGAGCUGGUGCCCUUGUGCUAUCGCUGCUCCUCCAACAACCCGCUGCUUAACAACCUGGGCAAUGUUUGCGUCAACUGCCGCCAGCCCUUUGUCUUCUCCGCCUCUUCCUACGAGGUGCUGCACCUGGUUGAGUUCUACCUGGAGGAGGGGAUCACUGACGAAGAGGCCGUCUCUCUCAUUGACCUGGAGGUGCCAAGACACAAGCAGGAGAGCAAGUGGCAAGAGACCAUGAGCGACAAUGCCCAGACUCUGAGGCUGGACGAGACCAUGGACUGCACAGGUAGCAAUGACCCGUUCACGGCAAAGCUGAGCUUUGAGCAAGGUGGCUCGGAGUUCGUGCCCGUGGUGGUGAGCAGGUCAGUGCUACGCUCCAUGAGCCGCCGGGACGUCCUCAUCAAGCGCUGGCCGCCACCCCUAAAGUGGCAGUACUUCCGCUCACUGCUGCCCGAUGUCUCCGUCACCAUGUGCCCCUCCUGCUUCCAGAUGUUCCACUCAGAGGACUACGAGCUGCUGGUGCUCCAGCACAACUGCUGCCCCUACUGCCGGAGGCACAUCGAUGACCCCAGCCCGUGACCAGCGCCCUCAGGGCCACGUGCUUCUCGCAGGCCGCUGGGCUGUGGAAGGGAAGAAAGAGUUAAACUGUCAGAAUGUGUCUCCUGCCUAGAUGAAGUUUGUAUUUUAGGGUGGGGCCUUGUGUAACCACGAAUUCCUAUUUAUGGCAUUUCAUGCCUUGUAAAUAGCACCAGGAGAUGGGGAAGAGAAUGUACAUAGAUUUUCUAAGGAAAAAAUCUGUUACUUUCAGAACGGCUCCGAGUUGCUCGUGGCAGCCUGCUGGAGUCCGCAGAUCUGUCAGACCGUUAGCAUGCACGCUCUGCCGACAGAUUGCCUCAAUAAUGACAAGUAAAGGGGCUACUUAUUUUCAUCAG